GAGCCAGAGAGGGAGGUCGAUCAGGGAGGAUGGGGAGGAGGGCGUUCUGUGCCAAGGAAGGGGUGAAGAGAGGCGCAUGGACGAGCAAGGAGGACGACAUCUUGGCCUCCUACGUCAAGGCCCACGGCGAAGGCAGGUGGAGGGAAGUGCCUCAAAGAGCUGGUCUGCGUCGGUGCGGCAAGAGCUGCCGUCUGCGGUGGCUGAACUACCUCCGGCCGAACAUCAAGAGGGGGAACAUCAGCAACGACGAGGAGGAGCUCAUCGUCAGGCUCCACCGCCUCCUCGGCAACAGGUGGUCCCUCAUCGCGGGCAGGCUCCCCGGCCGAACAGACAACGAAAUCAAGAACUACUGGAACAGCACCCUCGGUCGGAAGGCCCUUCCAGUUCACGGUGUCGCCCGACCUGCCGCUGCCACCGCCAGGAUCGUCGUCGCCACGCCCAGCGCCUCCACCAGUUCAGGCUCAUCCUCCGCGGCGGUGGCGCCAUCCACCUCCGAGCCUCUUCGAGCGGAGCCGUCCUCGACGGCCGCUACCGUGUGGGCGCCCAAGGCCGUGCGCUGCACGGGCGGCUUCUUCUUAGGCCGGGACAUCACGCCGCCGUCACCGGCGGUUGACCAGAGGCGAAGGGCAGGAUCAGAAGACGGAGAUGACUGCAGCGGCAGCGGCAGCAGCUCGGGGACGUGGGAAUUACCGGUCGAGCCGUUUGACUGGAUGAACGACGUGAGGGCCUUGGCGUCGUUUCUCGAGUCCGACGAGGACUGGGUCACGUCCCUGAACAUGGCCCAGUAACACCAACGUGUGGGCGAGUCUGCAGUCUUAGCACGUAGGUGCAUCUGCAUAAGUACGCUCUGUAAACGAAAUGCACCGUAUUUGCAAAUGUACGUGUACGCGCGCGCGUAUGCAUGUCAUCGUGGCUAGCUAGCUCCCGUACGUUGUAUGCGUACGUGUGCACUGUGUACUGACUACUGAGUUUUGUACGUUACCCUGCUUUUCGAGAAAAUAUGAGGCGUACAGGCUGCAACCCGGAAGGCGACGCGGAGGCAGUCUGACCUAAAUGUCAACUGUGCCAA